AUGAUGGCCAUGAGCUACUUCCGGGCGCCGAGGCGGCUCUACGGGAGGAAGCAGCAGCAGCAGCAGCGGGAGAGCGCAGCCCUGCUGGUGGAUGAUGACCAAGGCGAGGCGGCGGCAGCGGCGGGCGCGGUGCCCAAGGGCUACUUCGCCGUGUACGUGGGCGCGGAGUGCCGGCGGUUCGUGGUGCCCACGAGCUACCUCAGCCAGCCGCCGUUCCGGGAGCUCAUGGAGCGCGCCGCGGAGGAGUUCGGCUUCGGCCAGGCCGGCGGUCUCCGCAUCCCCUGCCGCGAAGAGGACUUCCAGGCCACCGUCGCCGCUCUCGAGCAGUCCAGGCGUCGCGGCGGCGGCAGGGCGCGAGGGUCGGCGGCCGGACCGACGCGAUGGGCGCGUGCCAGCUGCUAG